AUUUUUCAAUAUACAUUCAUUGGAGUUUUUAUCUUUUUAAGUAUAGAUAGCCCGAGAUGACGUCAGCAUGAGCAGCUAAUUUUUAGUUCAGCUGAAGCAAUAUAAUAGCUGGAGAACUCGACAACUUUUUUUGCAAAGCUAUCAAUAACUGUUUAUAAAGUACAGACGGCACGUUUUUUACAUAUUUUUUUUUAUUCUUACAUUAGCUACAUAUAUCGUUAUUUCCGACAAGCGGAUGAGCGGUGCCAAGUGAAAGUGAGGUUAUAAGUUCGACGAAAAGAUUGCGCGAAUUCUAAACUACUUUAAAGAAAUCUGCCAGAAUGGCACACGUAAAUUCAUUUAUUCUGAGCACUUUGGAAAAUGGAAUUCAAAAAGUGGUGCUUAAUAAACCUGCCAAAAAGAACGCACUUUCGCCUCAGAUGUAUAAGGAAUUAACGAUACUAUUAAAUGAAUCUGCUGAAAACAACGAAGUAUUGAUAUUUGCAUUGACCGCAAAUGGAGAUUUUUUUAGCAGUGGCAAUGACAUAACUGCCUCAAUGGAAUCUGCUGAGAAUUCUGCUGAAAAUACAAUUAAGGAAUUAAUCGAUACUAUAAUUAUGUAUCCAAAGCUUUUAAUAGCCGUUGUGAAUGGACCAGCAAUAGGAAUCGCAACUACAAUAUUAGGAAUUUUUGAUAUAGUUUAUGCUUCAGAUAAGGCAUACUUUUACACACCGUUCAGCUCUUUGGGUCUUGUUGCCGAAGGGUGUUCUUCCUAUACGUUCCCGAGAUUAUUAGGACAUUCCAAGGCUGGGGACAUGUUGUAUUUAGGAUAUAAGAUGAAUGCUCAAGAAGCCAAGCAACUUGGCUUGGUUAGCGAAGUGUACAACCAUGAUUCUCUUGAAGAAGUAUGGAAUUAUUUGAACAAAAUAUCUACACUUUCGUCACAGUCAAUAUUGGCGACCAAGCGAUUGGUGAGUAGAUGGAAUAAAGAGAUUUUAUUAAAAGUUAAUGAAGAAGAAAUGAAAGAGUUGAAAAAACGAUUCGAGUCACCCGAAUUACUCGAAAGAAUAAUGAAAUUCCUAUCGCGAAAAAAUAAGCUUUAAAAUAACUAAAAUACUGCAUAUAUCUUUUAAUAAAAAUG